CAAAAACAUCACGAUGUCUCUUGGUUUCUUUGUAACUAAGGGAUCGAUGAAGCCACGUGAGUUGCACAAUAAUAGAGUAUUGGGUAUGUGUUACAUGUAUUGCGACAAAUGCAGUAGGGAGAGGAAGUCAUACAAGCCGGAUCCUUCCAAAGAGAGUCGUGGCAAUACAAGUUCAAAAGGAUCGAGAUGCAUGUUCAAGGUUAAAAUCAAAGAACUACUGGUUGAUCCAGAUGCUCUUGAUGGACCUUCAUUUUGGGAGAUACAAGCAGUGAUUGAGCAAGAAACUGGUUUAAGGUGAGGGUAUCACAAUCAUGAGAAGAUGCUUUAUCAUGUGGGCCACAGUCAAAUGAAUAAAUUGAGUCAGGAGGAUAAAGAAUCUCUGAAGCAGAUGAGAGAUGUUGGGGUACCUCCGUUAUAACAGAAGCAUACAAUAAACAAGCAGAAGGGUGACAAAGGGCAUCACACCCAAAGGCAGAUGUAUAACCUCGGGUCCAAGUCUAGGAAAGACGAGAUGGGCGAGAUGAAUGCAGUGCAGUAUGCGUUGCAAGCAGCUGAACGUGAGAAUUAUCAUACAGAGGUUAUGAAGGACGAUAACGAUGUGCUUACACAUCUUUUUUUUGCCCAUCCAACUUCCAUCCAGAUGUUGAAGGCUUGGCGGUACGUGAUUCUGAUCGACUCAACGUAUAAGACCAAUGCAUAUAAAUGGUCGUGGGUGGAGGUCGUAGGUGCUACUCCAGUUGGGAAGAAUUUCAACAUCUGUUGUGCUCUCAUGAAGGAUGAGACAAAAGAGUCUUAUCAUUGGCUGUUGGAGUGCAUACAACAAUUGCUCCAUCCACGCGUGCCCACUGUCAUCGUAACCGACCACAAAGGUGGACUACUUGCUACGGUUUCUGUGGUCUUCCCCCGCACCCCGCAUUUGCUAUGUGUUUGGCACAUCAACACCAAUGUGCAGAAGAAGUGUUUGGAAAUAUUUGGGAAGGACAGGAUGGAUUUGGUCAACGAGGCGUACGAUCAAUAUUGGUGUCCAUGCUUUAUUCUUGGUCCGAGCAAGAUAUGUUGGCCGCGUUUGGCCGCUUUAGGACAAGAUGGGGCAAUCACGAACCACGUCUGUUGCAAUACAUACAGGGAGUGUGGUGGCAACAUCGAGAAAAGUGGGCAGUUUGCCAUACCAAAAAUGUGUUUCAUCUAGGAAAUACAAGCACAAACAGGGUUGAGUCGUCACAUUCCGCUUUGAAAACUUUCCUCCACAACUCGCGGGGAUCUAUGGACACUGUAUGGAAGGGAAACCACCGCUAUAUUACUAACCAACUCGGGGAGGUUAGGAUGAUGUUGGAAAACUCUAGACAGAAAACCCUUUCAGCAUCCGGUGGUACACCCUUCACAUACUUGAGAAGGAAGGUCAACACUGAAGAAGAAUUGGUGGCCCGCUUGGAAAAAAAUGAGAACUCCAUAUGUGCAUGUCAUUUCUCUGUGACAAACGGCUUGAGGUGUGGAUGUCAAGUUAUGACAUAACAUAAGUCGUAGUAGAACAACAGAACACUACAUAACAUAAGUCGUAGAAGAACAACAAAAUAACAUAAGUCAACUCGUCUAAAAACAACAAAUAACACUCAUACAUAUGACAUAACAAUCAUACAACUACUGUGGAGGUGGUAGAAAACCCGACUUCCUCCUAAACUCGGGCCACAUGUUCCCAACUCCAUAACAUAAGUCGUAGUACUCGUUGGCGCUAGCCAUCCACUCCUCCCUACUACCUUGUGCAGCUUCCAUCACGGGAGAUAUCUCAAUCCACAUCUCGUGUGACAACUAUAAACAAAAACCAUACAAUUUA